CUCCACUCCACCCAUUUUCGCUUUUCCGGGCGUGGUCAAGUUCCCCGCAAUGGAGUCCGAGGCUUUUGAGGAUAUGCAGAAGGGCGGCGGCAGCCUUCGCGCUGUCAAGGACUUGACGGCCGGUGCUGCUGGCGGCAUCGCUCAGGUGCUCAUUGGUCAACCUUUCGAUAUCGUCAAGGUCCGCCUGCAGACAACCACACAGUACGCCAGUGCGCUUGACUGCGCCACCAAGAUCCUGAAGAACGAGGGUCCCACGGCCUUCUACAAGGGUACCUUGACGCCUCUGAUUGGUAUCGGAGCCUGCGUGAGCGUCCAAUUCGGCGCGUUCCACGAAGCCCGGCGGCGGCUGGAGGCGCUCAACCAGAAGAAAUACGCGGACCCGACGCUCUCCUACACGCAGUACUACCUGGCGGGCGGGUUCGCGGGCAUCACGAACUCGUUCCUGUCGGGGCCGAUCGAGCACAUCCGCAUCCGGCUGCAGACGCAGCCGCACGGCGCCGGCAAGCUGUACAAUGGGCCGAUCGACUGCAUCCGCAAGCUGUGCAGCCAGGGCGGCGUGCUGAAGGGUCUCUACCGGGGCCAGAACGUGACCUACCUCCGCGAGAUCCAGGCCUACGGCACCUGGUUCCUGGCCUUCGAGUAUCUGAUGAACGCGGACGCCCGCCGCAACGGCGUCCGCCGCGAGGAGAUCUCCAGCCUCAAGGUCGCCACCUACGGCGGCCUCGCCGGCGAGGUCCUCUGGCUCAGCAGCUACCCCUUCGACGUCGUCAAGAGCAAGAUGCAGUGCGACGGCUUCGGCGCCGCCCAGCAGUUCCGGAGCAUGACCGACUGCUUCCGGAAGACGUAUGCCGCCGAGGGGCUGGCGGGCUUCUGGAAGGGCAUCGGGCCCACGUUGCUGAGGGCCAUGCCCGUCUCCGCGGGGACUUUUGCCGUGUAUGUUUCAUGUCCUGCCUUACCCCUUCUUUUGCCUUGUGUUUUGGACGGUGGAUUCAAUGCUAAUUUUCCAUUGCAAUAGUGUCGAGCUUACGAUGAGAGCCUUGGGAUGAGGUAUAUAAAGUGAACAACGACC